AUGAGCUCAUCUCCCAACAAUGUCUCAGUAGUGAUUACCAACUUUGUUCUGGUGGGGCUUAUUGAGAUUGAAUCAUUUCGAUAUGUAUGUGCUCUUUUGGCUCUUGCGUUAUUUUUAGUCACAUUGUUUGUUGGUUCUAUGAUUGUCUAUGUAACCUGGACAGAAAAAAACUUGCAUGAACCUAUGUACAUCUUUAUAUGCAUCUUGGUUGUGAAUGUGAUGUUGGGGAACGCAUCAUAUUUUCCCAAGCUGGCCAUUGAUUUGUUGUCUGGAUGCUCAACCAUCUCCCUCGCAGAAUGUCUCUGCCAAUCUUUCUGUAUCCAGCUUUAUGCAUGGGUUGAAAUGUUUACAUUUACGGUAAUGGCAUAUGACCGAUAUCUGGCUGUAGGCCACCCUCUGAGAUACCACACUCUGAUGACCAACAUUACAACUCAAAAAAUAUCACUUGCCGUAUAUGUUUUCAAUGUGAUAAGAGUAACUGUGGGUGUUCUGUUGACAUCAAGGCUAACUUUUUGUGAGGUAAAUAUUAACAAUGUCUUCUGUGAGAUCAUGUCUCUACAACCGCUUGCUUGUAAUGAUAUAACAAUUAACGUCCUCUUUGGAAAGACUUUAACCUUGUCAUCAGUGAUUGGCUGCUUGCUUGUAAUAACGUACUGCUACAUAAGAACAGUGGUCAUCUGUCUGAAACUUUCUGCAGAAUCUUCUCAGAAAGCUCUGCAUACUUUAAUGACUCAUGUUUUGGCCUUCUCCAUUUAUGCUGUCACCUUCUUGUUUGUUAAUUUGAGGUACAGGCUAAACUGGGGUUCUGUAUCGAUGCAAGUUGAUGUUAUCAUACCGUUGAUUGGUACCAGCAUAGCUAUUACUGUAAACCCUCUGAUCUACGGGAUAAGGACCAAAGCUCUCAGAGAAAAGAUAUUAUGCAACGUGCAGAAAAUUGUUGGGUAA